AUGAUUACCACAGUCACCGCCCGCACACAGACUGAGGCGCCUACCAAGAGCCUGACCGCCGACCGCGUCUACCCCGACAUCAACACUCUUCGCAAGGCCAUUCCCAAGAAGUGCUUUGAGUCAUCGGCGCUCAUCUCGCUCUCCUACCUGCUUCGAGAUGUGGUCAUGAUUUCUGCCCUCGGCUGGGCAGCCAUCACUUAUAUCCCCGCCAUCCCUGACUUCACCCUGCGCACCGCCGCCUGGAUCAUCUAUGGAUUCGUACAGGGUCUGGUCUGCACUGGUCUCUGGAUUCUGGGUCACGAAGGUGGACACGGUUCGUUCUCGCAGAACAAGCUGCUGAACGAUGUUGCUGGCUUCUUCUGCCACUCGGCCCUGAUGGUGCCCUAUUUCUCGUGGAAGUUCUCCCACCACCGCCACCACAUGUACACUGGCCACAUGGAGAAGGACAUGGUCUUUGUGCCCCGCACAAAGGCGGAACACAAGCAGAAGAAGGAGGCUACUCACUCCAGCCUUGAGUACCUGGAGGACACCCCCAUCUACCAGUUCGCCACUCUUGUCUUCCACCAGGUCUUUGGCUGGAUGGGCUAUCUCAUCUUCAACAUCUCCGCUGGCAAGAACUCGACGCAGGGCAAUGGCGUCAGCAAGAGCCACUUUGACCCCUCUUCGGUUGUCUUCCGUCGCAGCGAGGCUCCCUUCAUUCUGCUCUCCGACAUUGGUCUCAUGACCACCGCUUCCGCACUCUACUACCUCUCGACAUAUGUCGGCACCAGCACCGUACUCCUGGCGUACUUGCAGCCAUAUGUCUGGGUGCACCACUGGCUGGUGGCCAUCACCUAUCUGCACCACACCCAUGUCGAUGUCCCCCACUUUGACGCCGAGAACUGGACCUUUGUCAAGGGUGCCAGUGCCACGGUUGAUCGCGAGUUUGGCUGGGUCGGCAAGCACCUUUUCCACGGUAUCAUCGAGUUCCACGUGGUUCACCACCUUUUCCCUCGCAUUCCCUUCUACUACGCUGAGGAGGCCACCGAGGCCAUCAAGCCCAUUUUGGGCGACCUCUACCACCGCGAUGACCGCUCAUUCCUCGGUCAGCUUUGGUCGUGCUUCACGACCCUUCACUGCGUCGACUAUGAUGAGAGCAAGUACGGUCGUGGCGCCAUGAAGUGGGUCACCAAGAAGACCGAGUAA